AUGGCUCAAACUGCCACAAUUGUCACGUCGGACCAGGAUCCGAGCCACCCUCGUUACUAUAAUGAUCUUGGACUGAUACUAUGGGAUCUGUAUCAUCACAAUGGGUGUGAUGAUGCUCUUGAGGCUCAAUGUCUCUCGACGCUUUCUCAAUUGCUGCAUGAACAAUAUGGUGUUCGAAAAGGGAACGUUGACCCCACUGAAGCCGUGCAACUCGCAAGAGACGCACUCGCUGCAGACUCAGAAAAUAGUUUGGAUAGGGCAACGUAUCUACACCGCCUUGGCUAUUUGCUGUCAGAGACAUUUCACUUCACACGAACCAGAAGCGACAUUGAAGAGUCGGUCAAGCUCCUCCGACAGGCAACAAGCGAGACUUACGAUGAUGAUAAUGAAUGGAUUUCUCGGUCAUUUGACUUGGCAUUUGCUCUUGAAUCUCGCUCGGCUGCUACAGGGUCGCUUGAAGACCUUAGUGAAUCAAUUGCCAUCGCUCAAAAAGUUCUUGAGAUGUCACCUGACGAUCAUGAGCGACGCUUGAAGCGAUCGCUGCGUCUCGCAAGUCGACUAAAGGAACGGCACCUACGGACCGGGGCACAGUCAGAUUUCGACGAGGCAAUACAAGUUGUUGAAACCAACCUCGCUUUAGCCCCAGAAGAUGAUCCGGAUAGGGGACGGGCGUUUCACAUCCUUGGCAAUGUCAUAGGCGAACGAUUUUGCAUGAUGGGAUCAAUGGAUGAUCUAGACGAAUCUAUCAGGCUUGCUCAAAAGGCAGUCCAAGUCACGCCAGACACAUACUAUGAAUUGCCACUCUUUCUUAUGAGCUUAGGUUCCGGGCUUACUGAUAGAUAUGACCGAACAGGAAGAAUGUCUACUUUCCAUUGCAUUACCACAUGGGUGUUUUGCACCGAUCCUGAGGCAGUCCCGCAUUCAACUGUGCAGCACCUCUUUGAUAACCAAGGGCAGAUCAAUCGGCCUGCUGCCGAACAGGAUCUUGAGAUCCUUGAUAUCCAGGCCGAACUGGAACGAGUAAAGGUCGACUUGGAGAUGCUCAAGGCCAAGAGCAACACGGGCGAAUGGCUUACUAUCGCUGUGUUGGUGCUCAUCAUUGGAAUCAUGUUUGCCGGCAAGAGAUUCUGA